GUUAGUUUGCUACUGUUAUUUUUCCCGGAGCCACAUUCCAAACCUCGCUUUAAAGCUGCGGGAGAGAACACCAGGGAGUCAAAUCCCUUCUAUAGUGACUCGACUUGGGUGCACGUCAAGGGCAUCGGGAAGGAGAUUUCGGUGGUUUAAAAUCUUACAGUCGAGGGGAUUAAUAGAGUGAGGGAGCAGAUGUAGAGGGUGGAGCCUCUUCCCGAUCCCUGGGUCGAAGGAUGGCGGCCCUUGCCCGCCUGCUGGAGCGUCUUCUCUGUCCAGCUAGCAAGGAAGAUGGGGCGGAGGACGAGGAGGAAAAGGAAGAAGAGGGGUGCGGGACCCGAGAGGGGCCUCAGUUUAUCCUGGACACGCCGCUAUGCGCCCAGCGGCCGCACGGGGGUGUGGCGGCCUCUUGGGGACUGCGUUUCGGGGCAAGCGCCGCGCAGGGCUGGCGCGCGCACAUGGAGGACGCUCAUUGCGCUUGGCUCGCGCUACCCGGGCUGCCCCCAGGCUGGGCUUUCUUCGCAGUCCUCGACGGCCACGGCGGGGCACGAGCUGCCUUUUUCGGCGCGCGACACCUGCCCGGCCACGUGCUUGAGGCGCUGGGCCAGGCACCUGGCGAGCCUGAGGGCGUGUGCCGGGCGCUGCGCCGCGCCUUCCUGAGUGCAGACGCACGCCUGCACGAGCUCUGGCCCCGCGGCGAGCCAGGUGGCUCCACCGCUGUGGCGUUGCUUGUCUCCCGGCGCUUUCUGUACCUGGCACACUGCGGUGAUUCCCGCGCGGUGCUGAGUCGCGCCGGUGCUGUGGUUUUCAGCACCGAGGACCAUCGGCCCCUCCGGCCCCGGGAACGCGAGCGCAUCCAAGACGCAGGCGGCACCAUCCGCCGCAGGCGCCUCGAGGGCUCUCUGGCAGUGUCGCGAGCACUGGGCGACUUUGCUUACAAAGAGGCUCCAGGACGGCCCCCUGAGCUACAGCUCGUUACCGCAGAGCCUGAGGUGACCGCCCUAGCACGCCGGGCCGAAGACGAAUUCAUGCUCCGGGCCUCCGAUGGAGUGUGGGACGCGAUGUCUGGCGCUGCCCUGGCAGGACUGGUGGCAUCGCGCCUCUGCUUGGGCCUGGCCCCGGAGCUUCUCUGCGCGCAGCUGUUGGACACGUGUCUUUGCAAGGGCAGCCUGGACAACAUGACCUGCAUCCUGGUCUGUUUCCCAGGGGCUCCCAGGCCUUGGGAGGAGGCGAUCAGGAAGGAGCUAGCAGUGGAUGCAGCCUUGGGCCGCAGGGUGACUGAGCUAUGUUCGUCUGCCCAGGAACCCCCCAGUAUGAACACGGUUUUCAGGAUUCUGGUCUCGGAGGACAUCCCGAAUUUACCUCCUGGGGGAGGACUCUACUGCAAAGCCACAGUCAUCGCUGAAGGUUAUUCUCAGUUCUGCCAAGCCUCAGGAAAGCGCUGGGAGGAACGAGACAGAAAUAUUCAAGGAAUGUUGAUGACCAAUCCCAAGUCCUGGAUGUGCUGCAGAGACCACCAGAACAUCUCUGAAAAUGAUCUUUCAUGAGAGAGAAGGGACAACGGGGCUGGGAAGCCCACUGGCACCCAUGGAAGCGCUGCCGUGGACUUGGAGACCUAACAGCUCUCCUCCUUUGGCCACCCUUUGCCUAGGUGUGGUCUCAGAGAACCGAGGAAGAAAACUCCCUUUCUCCAGCUUCGCAGGCCAGCGGAAGUAAGACAAGCCGAUGGAGGAUCCUCAGAAUGCUUAUUUCCCCUUCUCCUACUUCCCUCGCACAGAAAGUCCAGUCUUGAGAGGGGAAAUUCCAUCUGCCAUCUAUACUAAAAAGACCAGAAAAUAAAAAAAUCAAAUGCU